CGUGUGAGCUUUUACUGUGUAUAUAAAAGAUAGAAAGAGAGCCUACGUAUCUCUUCAUCAUCAAUGGCUAGGAAGACAAAGCUUAGGAGGAUAGAAUCUGUAUCGUUGCCCCACCAUGUGGUUGAGAUAAUCAUGGAGAGACUUCCUGUGAAGUCUCUGCUGAGUUUUAAGGCUGUGUCAAAGCAAUGGAAAUCAACGAUCGAAUCCCGGUUCUUCCAAGAAAGACAGUUUAAGAAUCGUCAACAGUUUGGAGAUCAAGAUGUUCUCAUGGUGUCUUCAACUUCUCUAAGAACACUUGUGUUUGGCUCACUAUCAUCAACAUCAUCAUCGGGCAAGAUCCCUUGGGGAAACGAAACGUACUUAGUUUGUCAGAGCAGCGUUGACGGCCUUGUUUGUCUGUACGAUUCUCACCAACCUGGUUUUGUGGUCAACCCCACAACUGGAUGGUAUCGGCCUCUUCCUCUCUCGAGACUACAACAACUCAUAAUCGACGUAGGAUACCGUUACUUCGAGCUCGGACACGCAAACUUCGAACCUGGGUUCGGUAAAGACGAGUUCACAGGGACGCACAAGCCUGUUUGGCUCUAUAACUCUUUCGAAAUAGGCUUAGAGAAUGCUACGACGUGUGAAGUUUUCGACUUUAGCACCAACUCUUGGAGGUAUGUGACACCCUCUGCUCCUUGUCGGAUUCUUGGAGGCUUCCCUACUCCUGUGUUUGUAGAUGGGUCGCUUCAUUGGUUCACAGAGUGCGAAGAAACCAAGGUGUUAUCUUUCGACCUUCACACUGAAACUUUUAAAAUCACCUCUAAAGCUCCCUUCAAUGCAAGUCAUUGGGAUGUUCUUUUGUGCAACCUCAACAACCGCUUGUGCGUAUCCAAGAUGAAUCUGUCUGACCAAGUUAUAUGGUCGUUCAAUUCAUUCAACAAGACAUGGGACAAGCUUUGGUCCAUAGAUAUUAAUCGAACUUGGCUUUCCUUUGGUUUCCCAACAGUAAGCGCUCUCUCGCCACUAGCAAUUUUUGUGGAGAAGGAGAAGAAGAAGUUGUUGUUUUAUGAUCGUGGUUACAAUCAUACGCUGGUGAUACAUGAUCCUGAAACCAAAUCAUAUGAUGUUGCUCUUUCUGAUGAAUCCAUUGGUUAUCCUGUUUGUUAUUUUCCAAGUUUAAUCUCUAUUUGAUUAUUGUCAAUCUUUGCUUGUUUGUCCAAGUUAUGGUUAUUGUGUUACUUGUUUCAUAUUUGUUUUGAAACAACUUCAGGUCAACCAUUGUUUUGAA